UGAUUCUCAGAACCUAGCUGAAGACGCCAUGGAAGAACCUCGUAUGCACAUAGCAAUGUAUCUCUGGCUAGCUAUUGGCCACAUAACCCCAUGUAUUCAGCUCUCAAACAAAUUAGCCAAAAGAGGUCACAGAAUCUCCAUUUUCAUCCCCACGAGAACACAAUCCAAAUUACAGCAUUUGAAUCUUCAUCCUCAUCUCAUCACCUUCAUACCCAUCACUGUUCCUCACGUUGAAGGCCUUCCUCAUGGUGCAGAAACAACCUCAGACGUGGAUCGAUCUCACCAUCCCAUCCUUAUGACUGCUAUGGACCGUACUGAGAAACAAGUGGAGGAUCUCUUGAUUCAGCUAAAACCCAACAUCGUUUUCUUUGAUUUCACAUAUUGGCUGCCAGAUCUAGCUCGAAGAUUGGGAAUCAAGUCCGUUCAGUACGGGGUUACUGGUUUAGUAGCUAAAGCUUUGUUAAUAUACAGAGAAACACAAGGCCUGCAAGCAAGGAAUAAUCAAUCUGGUUUCCCUGAUAUAAGGCUUGAUAUGCAUGAGGAAAAAUACAUGGAGAAGCUCAAGGGAUUCGAGUUUGGAAGUGGCGUUCGCUUCAAUGAUCGAAUUGACUGGGGUACAAGCUCAUCAGACGCACUAGCGUUCAAAAACUGUAGAGAAAUGGAGGGUCCUUUUGUGGACUACCUAGAAAAAGUGUCGGGGAAACGCAUUUUGCUAUCAGGACCUGUUAUACCAGAACCACUCACCUCAACUUUAGAGCCAAAAUGGGAUCACUGGCUUGCAGGAUUCAAGCAUGGUUCUGUGAUUUACUGUGCAUUUGGAAGCGAAUGCAAAUUAGAGCUUAGUCAGUUCCAAGAAUUGAUUUUGGGUCUUGAGCUCUCAGGGAUGCCUUUUUUGGUAGCUGCGAAAGCUCCAAGAGGAUAUGAAUCAGUAGAAGCAAGUCUUCCAGAGGGAUUUGAAGAAAGGGUUAGAGGAAGAGGGAUAGUGCAUGGAGGAUGGGUUCAGCAACAGUUAAUAUUAAAACACUCAUCUGUAGGCUGCUUCGUUACUCAUUGUGGUUCAGGCUCAAUGUUGGAAGCACUGCUCAGCCAUUGUCAAUUGGUUCUAUUACCCACCAUUUUUGACCAAAUCAUCAAUGCAAGGAUGAUAAGCGAACACCUCAAAGCUGGGGUUGAAGUGAAGAAAGGAGAAGAAGAUGGGUUCUUCACAAAGGAAAGUGUCUGUGAAGCAGUGACGAGUGUGAUGAAUGAAGAGAGUGAGAUUGGUAAAGAGAUCAGAGCAAAUCAUGCUAAAUUCAGAAACAUCUUGCUCAGCAACAACUUCGAGUCUAGUUAUAUUGAUAAUUUUUGUCAACAGCUUCAAGGUUUACUCAAAUGAUGAUCCAUGUUCAAGUGAGCAAGCUACCAGCUAAACGCCAAGGCCAAGCGUAUGCAUAUGAAUAUUUUAUGGACCGUGAAUGGAAGUGUUUGGUUUAGAUUUUCGUUCUUUAUAAAAUUGUUAUGCCUUAGCCAAGAGAAUAAAUAAAAUAAAAUUGUUAU